AUGAGCAGUCGCUUCUAUUUUGGGGGCUCAGACUCUGGCUCUGAAGUGGAUGAAGAUGCACCACUGCCUUUCCCCAAGCCAAUCGACCGCUCAGCGUUUCUGGCUCCGGAUUUCGAUCCUACCACAUUCCUGUCUGGCCUAUCGCAUCGCUUUCAGACCUUGGAGGAUCUCCAGGCGGAGUUGCGUGAACUCAGUCACUCUCUCAACAAAGAGCUCGUGGAUCUGGUCAAUGACAACUAUCAAGAGUUUCUAUCCUUGGGCAGCACCUUAUCUGGAGGCGGCGAAAAGAUCGAAGACAUUCGGGUUGGACUGUUGGGGUUUCAGCGAGACAUCAAAGCUGUGAGGGACAAGGUGGACGAAAGACGAAAUGAGGUGAUUGAGCUCCUGAAAGAGAAAAGGGCGCUGAAGCAGCAGGUUGCUGUGGGCCGGGCGCUGCUGGAAAUAGCAGAGCGUUUGGACCAGCUGGAAGAAAAGUUGAAUAUUUCAAACGAAAGAGCCACGAAUCCACAGGAAGGAAAGGUCCAGGCAGAAGAGGGGUUACAAUUCGGUGAACAGUGGAUGGACACGGCCGGCGACGAAAGCGACGACGAAUACGACUCUGAGGAAGACCUUGAAUUGCCGCCCAGAUUGAGGCGGAGAAUUGAAGACUAUCUGAUCCUGAAACAUCUCGUCGGCAGACACAGUCCGCACCACCCAUUUAUACUGGCUCAAGAAGCCCGGGUGAGAAAGAUCCAGGAAGUCUUGUUGUCAGACCUCGAUAUUGCCAUCAAGCAAGAACCCGAGGUCAAGACCAAACAACAGAUGCUGCAAGUUCGUGCAGCAGUGGAAAACUGA